UCGUAUUGAACGCCAGAAACCGAGAUGGGUAGAAAUGGCUGAAAGGCGUAGCGGUAGAGGUAGGACAAAGAAGGAUUGGCGCAGCCAACUUAUAUGGCCUUCAAUACAUGAUGCAUAUGCGCAAUAGUGUCGUGGAGUGACAUCGCACGGCAGUGUCUAAAUCAGGGGUACCACUGGCGGAUUCGGGAAAUAUAGCGACGGCCUAUGGCAAGACGUGUGCAAAUUGUGGCCGCAUGGCAGCAUCGGGCCCACGAAGCUGAAUAGAUUGAAUUCUGUGGUAGCUAAUGCGUCUGGGAGGGAGCCUCUUCUUACUGCGCCGAGUUGGAGUCGAUGCUCUUGUGGGUGCCGGGAUCUGGCUAGAUCAAUACAGCCUAUGUAUGCGGUUUAACCGAGCACAGCAGAGGGCCUCCCAUUGGACAAGGCCGGAGAUAAAUGAAGUCUCGACCUCUUCAGGAAUACUGAUCUACAGCCACAACGUCGCAAUUAAGCCCACCUCAAGACUGCCUGUGACAAAUAUAUAUUGGAAAGGCAGCUUGGGUACUGCCACGACGCGCUCUUACCUGCUGUUAGUGGGAUGGCACACGUUGCUGCACAAUGCUCAUUCAUCUAUUUAUUCAUGGGAGGUCAUGGGAGGGACGACAAGACAAGGUGAGGGCCUACCCCAAAGCAGGACAAGACCUGGUGAAGACGCCGAAUUUACGAGAGCACAGCGCAAGUAGACCUACCUAUGUAGGUUCAUCGUCCGCCAAAACGGGACAAAGGGAGAGAUUUCUGAAACUGCCAACUGAAACCAACGAGCAUG